AAUUUGAGUUGAAAAAGAAGAGAAUUUUAACCCUAGUUUUCAUAAACCAAUACAUUCUAAAAUUCUUAAGAUAAUAUUAUUUAAUAAUGGAUAAAAAGGAAGAUGUUAAGUUAUCUAAAACCAUUCUAGAAAUGAAAUUCAUGAAGAAAACCAAAGAGAAAGUAGAAAAAUUAGCUGAUGAUUUAGAAGGGAAUAAAAUGUAUUCGAAUGAAAUUACAGAAGAAAUGAGACGUACGGGAAACCUCGUCUUCAUAUCAACUAGUAUAGUUAACUGCAAGAAUCUUAUAGAUGGUAGAUUAUCAUUUGGUGGUAUGAAUCCGGAAAUAGAAAAGUUGAUGUCAAAUGAAUACACAAAACUUUUAGAAGAACAAGAACGGAAGAAAGAAAAGGAUAUAACAGAUGCUGAAAUGGCAGAGGGUUAUUCAACUUUAGUAGACACGUUAGGGAAAAAAUUCAACAAACAGAAAAAAUCCAAGUCGAAGAAAAAAUUUGUAAAACCAAAUAACAAUGAAAAGCUGCUUUAAUUUUCAUAUGAAUAUUUGUGUUUCAAUCACCCGUAAGUCGAUUUUCUAUUUAUUUACAGUAAAUUCGUGGUAGUAAAAAGUAUUUGUAAAAAAACAUGGUUUAUAAAUAAAUGUAAACUGAUUUUUAAAAAUACUAAGGGAUAAAUUGGAAAAAUUUGCACUUGUGGAACAAUUCAUGCAAAAUAAUUAAUUUUCAUUAUUUUAACUUAACCAAAUCAAUUAAAUUUAAACUACAAAUUUCUGUUUAUAUGAAAAUAAAAAAAACAAAUUAAUAUGAAAUAAAUGAGGGUUAUUUUUAUGGGAAAUAAUAUUCAGAACAAAAUUGAAAAACCAUUGAAUAUAUUGAACUUAAAUACGAGGUAUAUCCAAAAAGUAAGUAAAAAAACGUGUACAGAUACAGAAGAAAUGUUAAUUGUACAUAUAAUUUUCUACAUAGUUUUUGAAAUUUGGAAACACUUUUUAUAGUGUAGCACAAGUUUUUGUAAGCAUUCUUCAUAGAAGAUUGCCGUCUAUGUUCAAUCUUGUGGAAACAUAUUCUUCCGGCUCGUCAUUUAAUGAAUUAGUGAUCAUAAAGUUUGUGGAAAUUCCUUAGCAAAAGCACUAGCGGUUUUGUUCAAGCUUCUUUCCAAUUGCGUAAACAAGUUCAUAAGUAACCAAAGAUGAGCGUCCACGCUGUUGUUCGUCAUGAGCUAUUUGACCCAUCUUGUAAUCAUCAAAUUUUUAAGUUUUUUUUCUGUAAACUUCCCAGAUUGUCCCAUAAAUUUCUCUUUCUUUGCAUCACACAACAAAGAGCACAUUGGCAGCAGGAAUGAGCAUAAUUACUAAAUUUUAAAAAUAUUAGAAAUUAAUUUAUAUUUCAUUUUCACAUAAAAUGAAGAUAUAUUCCAAUAAUUCAUUUAUCAAAUCAGUAGAUCUACUGAAGAGUUAGUACACCCGACAACGCUGCCUUAGUACAAUAAUUAUAACAUUUCUUAGGGUCCUCUUACACUGGGGCAAAACUGUGCGACAUACCGCAGAGCCGCAUGCUCUAAUUAACAAUAAUUAAAAAUGUCGCAAUUAUUGUUGCGCCAAAAUAGUUUCUAGAUUAUGUUUUUUUUUUGUUUUGAAAAGUGAAGAUUGUCAAAAAAUUUUUACAAUUUAUAGACAAAAGUUUGUAAAAACAAACAUAAAAAUCACUAAAUAGUAAAGUAAUGAAAAGUUUUUAGACUUCAUUGAAGAUUAUAGAAAGUGUGAAGUAUUGUGGGAUGUCCGCAAUUCAAAUUAUAAAAACAGAGUGAAACGUAACUUUGUAGAAAAAUUGUAUUUAGACGAAAAGAAUAUCAGUAUCCACGGGAAACUUAUGUUGGUAGAGUCCUCUUUUUGAAUAUAUGGUGCAAUUAAUUGUAGUUAAAAUUCAAAGUCCUCAUUUGACAUUUAAAUAAGGCACUUAUUUUUGUAGAAUGCAACAAUGAGACGCAUACCACAAUUUGUGAUAUGCCUCAUAGUGUUACCCCGGUGUAAAGGGGCCCUUAUACUAUAAUUGGUAUUUUAAUAAUCAUGGCGGAUGAUUGUUGUGUUUUGCAGUUCUAAAUUAUAAUAAAACCGUAUCAAACUAUUUUGAUAUUGAAAAUAAAUUGUGUUUUCUUAACUUAUCAAUCCGAUUUCAUUUUAUAAACACAUAUUUUUAGAUUGAGUAUUACUGCCAUCAUAUUUAUUGUUUUAUGUGGUAACGACGGCCAUAAUUUUUUUACAAGGUCAAAUCACGAUGCCAGGUGGUCAUUUCUUUAAUAGCAGCGAAAAAGUAAUAGUCUUAUCUAAAAGUCUUCACAAAUACCUCUAGUACGUCGAUUUGCGUUUUUUUAUUUAAUAUUAAUUUCUUUAUAAAAAAUUGGUACCAAAUCAUGAUUGGGAAGGGAAAUCAUGAAUACUUGUAACGGUUGCCAUGUAAUCAUUGAUCAAAUACGUGCAUAUGUACGAAAUAAACGUAUUAAGUAAUAAAUAGUGUUCGGUAAAGAAAUUCAAGAUUAAAUUUCGUUAAAUAUGGGAGGAAAGAAGAAAUCCGUAGCUAAUAAAUUAGCCAAAAUGUCCGAUGAAGAAAGGGCGAGGUAUAUGCAGCAUCGAGCUGAAAUGGAAGAAGAAGCGAAAAGAAGAAAAGAACAAUUAAUUGCCACGUUCAUGAAGAAAAAAGUGAAAAAAGAAGAAGCAUUUUCAAGAUUGAACUUAGCAAAAAUUAACCAAAAUUGGCAUCAAAUACUGCGCAAAACAAAAUGUCAAGAAAUGAAGGAGAACAUCGAGCAUUUAAGAAAAUGGAUAGAAAGAGUAAUUCAGUACAAAAAUGAAACUAUUUCGAGAUUAGUAAAAGAACUCGACGUAGCCGAAGAUGACUAUAUAACUAACCUCUCUUCACAUUCCAAUCAUAUCGAUAAAAUUUUGGAAAACCAAAACGAGUACAUGAAUAAAUUGAACGCUCAGUAUCAAGAGGAUUUAAAUAGGUUAUUGAGGGAAGCCGAAGUGGAGAAAGAAAACAUUUUAAAAAACGCCGAAGAACAACAAAUGCAUUUAAAGACUAUACUGUAUCGACAAGGAAUGAAUGAAAAACAUAUAAAAGAAGAAGAAGCGCAGUAUGUGCAAAAAUAUUACGAAGAUCAGUACGAGUUUGAAUCGAAAUUAGAAAAGAUGCGCAGUGCUAGAGAGGAAGUUUGUUGUACAAUUUGGAGAGGAAUAGAAAAAACCAUUCAAGAUUACAUCGACAAAACUAAUCCUUGGAGAAUGCACAUUGCAGAGUUGAAGAGAUUAGAUAGAGAAUCCGCUGAAGAAAUAUCUCGAAAUAAAGAGCGAAUAUUACAAGACGAGAGUUUAAAGGAAAAUAUCAAAGAAGAAUUGGAUAGAGCACGUACGUCACAGGAGCACGAAUUGACAGCUCUAAGUGAAGAAUUGGUAAAAUUGCAAAAAAAAUUUAAUAAGUUGCGCACUCAGCUUAACAAUGAUCUAAAAGUCGAUGAAAAAAAAUUAAAAGUGCUUGUGGAAGUUUCAGAUGAAACUAAAAGAUAUUUAGAAGGGUUAGUUAAAAAGGGAAACUGUAUUUUGAAUCUUUUGGAAAUUUGCAAAACAUUCGAAACGGAUCGUGAAAAAAUAAUGCAAUGGUACCAUACAAAAGUGUCUAAAAAUUACGACGAAAAGGUAAAAGAAGAAAAAAAUAACGUAGAAAGUGUAAAACAUCAAUAUUUUCCAAUUGACGAUGAAAAAGAAGAAGAACAUAACAUAGAAACCGUAAAACAUCAAUAUUCUUCAAAUGACUAUGAAAAAGAAGAGGAAAAUAACAUAGAAAUGGUAAAGCAUGAAUAUUCUUUGAAUGACGAUGAAAAAGAAGAAGAAAAUAACAUAGAAAUUGUGAAACAUGAAUAUUCUCCAGAAUUUGGAUUUUCUUCAACAUUAGGAGAAAUUAUUCCUUCCGAUACAACCAUAACCGCAAUUAAAAAUGUGACAGUUCAAGAUAAACAUCCAGUAGAAUGUUCACUGAAAAAUCUUCCUAUAGGGCUCAUUGAUGACUGUUUGAAAGAUUUGGAACGGUUCGAGAAUUUUUGGAUGAAAUACAAUAAAGUCGAGGUCGAUUAUUUAGAUAUUCUAGGCGAGAAGAAACAUCUACAAGAAGAAAAUAAACAGUUACGAGGAAUGAUACGUGCCGUUUUGGAAGCCACUGCUUUAUCACAUUCAAUUCCUAACAGUAAAGUGUCUACCAGGAUUCCAUCUAGAAGGAUCAGUGCUCGUUCUGCCCCGUUAAGAAGAAUGGUUUUCUAAGUAUUUUUCCAAUCAAAAUAUAUGGCUCCAUCUAUUGACAGAAGUUGAAAUUUUUCCGAUUGACGUUUAUUUCAUAGAUAAUCACAUAUUACCAAUAUUUAGAUAGUUCACUGUAAUGUGAUUAGUUCUUUUGAAAUUAGCGCCAUCUACAACCACAGAAUAUUGAUAAUACGUGUCAUAAUUACAUAUAUUAUCAUAAAUCAUAAAUGAAAUUAUCUUGUAGUUUUUGGGUUGUAAUUAUAAAAAGAUUGGAAAUUGUAGUAAAAAUUCUUUUUAUUAAUAAACGCGUUCUAAUAAUACAAA